AUGUUGGCGGUGAACGUGGAUGCCAGCGUUGGAACAGUGUGGACAAUUGUUCACGACAGGUUGUGUUAUCGGAAGGUGUGCGCGCACUGGGUUCGCAAGCAGCUCACCGACCAGCACAGGGGUCUGCGUAUGGGGCUACCACUUCAACAUAUAUUUCGGUAUCAUGAAGACGCCGCUUUCCUAGAGUGGAUUGUCACAGGUAAUGAGAGCUGGUGCCAUCACUACGAGCCAGAAACAAAGCGGGACAGCCUGCAGUGGAAGCAUGUGUCGCCACUUCCACUUAAAAAAUGCAAAGCCGUGGCGUCAGCAGGCAAGGUGUUGCUCACCGCCUUUUUCGAUGUCCGAGGUCUGCUACUUGUUGAAUUCCUCGAGCACAGAAGAACCAUUAACUCCGAUGUGAAGUGUGAGACACUCCGAAGGCUAGGCAGGUCCAUCAAGAACAAAAUACUGGGGCUGCUCACGGAGGGUGUGGUUCUGCUCCAUGAUAACGCGCGUCCACACGUCUCCAGGGUCACAGACGCGGAACUGGCCAAGUUCAAGUGGGAGCAGCUUGACCAUUCACCCUACAGCCCGGAUAUGUCGCCCUGUGAUUUUAAUGUGUUUGGUCCCCUGAAAAAACAUCUGAAAAGGAAACGCUUCAACUUGGCCAACGAACUCAAGGACGCUGUGAAGGACUGA